CGUGCUAUUUGUUUUGUUGUCAUUGAUCUCUCAAAAUGAGUUCGAUCAAAAUAAUAUUAAAAUGGAACGGCAAAGAGUUCGAAAUCGAAUCAUCCGAAAACGAGACGAUUUUGGAUCUAAAAAAAUCCAUAGAAAAUGUCACGAAGGUCAAGUGCGAGCGACAGAAACUGCUCAAUUUGAAGGACAAAGGUAAAACUCCACUGGACGACUGUCCGUUAGCCCAGUUAAAGCUCCGGCCCAACUUCAAGUUAAUGAUGAUGGGCUCGCUCGAAGAGGACAUCAAGGCAGCCAACACAGCGCCCACUGAUAUGCCCGACGUCACGAAUGAUCUGGAAGCCGAAGAGGAAGAGGUACAAGCCAUCGAAAACCAGGAAAUAUAUCUAGCCAAAGUAGAAAAACGAAUCAAAGAGUACGAGAUAAAAAUGCUGAACGAUUUGAGACCUGAUAAGAAAUUGCUUGUGUUAGACAUUGACUAUACUUUGUUCGAUCACAAAUCAACCGCUCAAACCGGUUCGGAGUUGAUGAGGCCUUUUCUGCACGAGUUCCUCAUCCACGUUUAUCCUUAUUACGAUAUUGUUAUUUGGUCGGCUACUAGUAUGAAAUGGAUCGAAGAGAAGAUGAAAUUGUUGGGAGUGUCUACGAAUCCGAACUAUAAAAUCGCCUUCUAUUUAGAUUCUUCUGCGAUGAUUUCGGUUUAUCUGCCUAAGAGUGGUGUAGUUGAUGUUAAACCGCUCGGAGUUAUUUGGGGAAAAUUCGAACAAUUUUCAGCGAAAAACACAAUCAUGUUUGACGAUAUCAGGAGAAACUUCCUUAUGAAUCCCAAAAACGGCCUGAGAAUCAGGGCAUUCAGAGAGGCCCAUUUGAACAGAGAAAAGGACAAGGAAUUGUUGUAUUUGUCGAAAUAUUUGAAGGAUUUAGCGGAAAAUUGCAACGAUUUUUCAUCCGUCAAUCACAGACAUUGGGAGAAAUACAGGCCAAAACGUAGAAGAUGAACUGAAAUUUUAAUUUAAUACGCUUUCUUCUCUUUUUAGUUUUAGUUUCGCGACUAUUGUUAUAGCAUGAAGUUGGUUUAACGAUUUUUUUGAGAAUUGAUAUUUUUUGAAAAUAUAUGCAUUUG